AUGUCGAUGAGUGCCCACGUGAUGGAGGUCAGGGCUGACAGCCCGAGCUUCAAUUUCACGUUCCUCAUAUACUUCAUCAUCAGCGGGCUCCUUGCCAUUUUCUUUCUCCUCUACUUCAACCGCCUCUUUGGGUCCAUCGCCUCGUACGCCAUUAGAGCAUACACCUGGCACAAAUACCGCGUGUACAUUGACAUAAGCGCUCUGCAAAUCUCUCUUCUGGCCGGCCGCGUAUUCUUUACCGGCCUACGCUACCACGGAUCCAACGAGACCUUCCUAGUACAAUACGGCGACAUCACAUGGCGAUACUGGCUGCGUCGAGUUCGAGAGGCGGACAUACGGAAUACAAGGAACACAGGAGAGGGCGUCACUGCCGACGGUGAUAAGAAUGCAAGGCUGCCAUGCCGUGUCAACGUUAAGCUCGUUGGUCUCGAGUGGUUCGUCUACAAUCGCAGCCCCGCGUACGACACAAUUUUCGAGGGACUGGCAGACUUUCGAUCCUCUGGCUCGCGAUCGAGUGGCUUAUCUGACGCACACGAGAAGAAUGGCUUGCGGUCGAGGAGCAACGGACAGUAUGGGACGCUCGGUCCUUCAGAUUUCUCCAGAUCUGCCAACGGCAAUCACCUCCAACAGUCGAGCCAGGUUCCGAGACAGCCAGUUGCCGACUUGGCAAGCUCCAUCGCCGAUUCAGGAAGUGUCAACAGUGACGCAAGAGAGGACAGUCCCGAGCUCCCGUUCCUCCUGCAGCUGUUUCCCAUUCAGGUGGAGUGCCAGAAACCGGCCCUCGUGAUGGGCAACGACAACACCAAAGCAGUACUUAUUGUUAAGGCCAACUCAGCUUCUGCUGUGGUGGAUGCUUCGAAAUCCCAGACGUGCGACCAGUAUCGCCAAGACUUUAACGUGCGCUUCAGUCAUCCUGUGGUGGAAAUGAAGGAGAACGACGAGUUUAAAGAGGAUCAAGUGUCGCGAGCGGUGAGGCAACGUAAUGACAACCAGGGAUCUGUUCCAACGCCCCCGAGGUCCUUAUUCAGGCACCAUCGCCGGAAAGUGGUACACUCGCUCCGGAACAUGGUCCCCUACUGGCGACGGUCCGUGGAAUCCUUCUCCACCGACUCCAGAGGGGCAGAGGCUGCGACGGCAUCACAAGUGCCUGGUUCGAGCCACUGGCAGGGCCUCUCAAGAUACCUCGAUGACCAGGAUCAAGACGACAGGGCGCGUUGGGCGUCAGUCGAGUACGCGGCAGUGUCUACGAUUAUAGACUCCCCAGAGGCUACGCUGCGGAUUUACUGGGACGCCGUGAGCAAAGUCACGGCUCAAGAAAGGUUGACGACCUUGCCCCCUGCGUCGAACAACGUCAAUGGCAGCGAACCCCCAGCAUGGGGGAUGAGUCUUUCGAUCAAGGGUGGAACGGUCAACUAUGGGCCCUGGGCGGAUCGCCAACGUGCGGAGUUGCAACGAGUAUUUUUCCCGACACUUGCAAAAGAUGCCACGCCCGCCAAACCACUUCCAGUAGGUGCUUGGAGAGUGGCAACUCAAUUCAAGCUCUCUGUGGACAUUGAAAAUGCAGUCACGCUUCGAAUUCCCAUCCGGGAGGAAUCCAAGAAUUGGCGGUGGAGGGGCAAAGAGCCACCGAUCCGGCAUCAGGGAGGGCCAUACAAACGAAAGCAGAGAAGUAAGGCCAAGAAGAAUAGCAAGGCAGAUGCUACCCACGUGCGGCCGUCGGGUUGGCUAGAAGUGAAGGUACCAGGCAACACAACGGUCUCUUAUUCGAUGGACAUGCUUGCCAGUGCGCUUGGGUAUGGCAACUAUCUCAAUAUCGAUAUCCCGAGCACAGAACUCUGGAGCAGUGUCAAUCACGAUUUGCUCUGGACGUCCGGCCCGCAGAAAAUAUCCUGCGACCUCUCAAACCCCUUACCGUGGAACACUCUGCGCAACUGGCAAUUCACAGUGGAUAGCGACGACAUGAAAUUAUAUCUGCUGCGCGACCACAUCUUUCUGCUAAUCGACCUGGUGGACGACUGGGGUAGCGGGCCUCUUGCUGAGUAUCUGGUCUUCACGCCGUACAAGUAUCACCUGAACCUGAACCUCCGGAACGUGGAGCUUUAUCUCAACGUCAACGACGAGAACAUCAUAGACAAACCGACGUCCCUAGACGACAACGCCUUCCUAAUCCUAUCCAGCCCUCUCCUGCAUGCCGAACUUACCAUUCCACUGGACAAGUUUCGCCCGAGCAGGAACGCCAUUCCUUUGGAUAUCCGCACAGACAGUUUCGAUUUGGCCCUGCACACAUCGCAAUCCAGCACCCAUACGGCCUUCUUGUCGUCGAAUGAGAUUGGUCAUGGCGAAGGGCUUGCCGUCACCGGAAGCUACCAGUAUAAUGCGACGACUUCCCCGGCCAAUACCGACACCCUCAUUCUAAAUGUCCACGGACAGUCGCCCUACGCGUAUCUCUAUGGCUUCGUUAUCCGAUACUUCAUCCUGCUCAAGGAUAAUUACUUCGGAGACCACGUCCAUUUCAAGACGCUGGAUGAGUAUCAGGAACAACUGCAGGCAGCUGCGACGAAACAACCCCAUGAGCCCUUAGCUGGACCCCCGAACAAAAAGUCCAACGAUCUCGACGUCAUUUUGGCCAUCAAAGUGGACGACCCUCGCAUCAUGCUUCCGGUCAAUUUAUACUGCGCUAACCGAUUCGUCCAAUGCGAACUGGCCAGCCUUUCUGUUGACCUGCGAUUCACCAACUACUACAUGGACAUGGAACUAGAGUUAAGCCCUUUAAGCUUGUCCAUGGGGCUUCCGGGGAGGAACCAAGAGUCACCGGGUGUCGUAUAUUCCAACACCCAGCUCUUUGUCGAUGGUAUACGCGUAUUUGGCCACCGGACUUUCGGGUUGCCACCCACGGAGCCCACAUAUCUCUGCAACUGGGAUGUAUCUGUGGGUGCCGUCAGAGGUGAAUGCACAGGAGACUUUCUCGCCUCUCUCGCCAAAGGUGGCGCUGCGUUCGGUUUCAUGUUUGACGACGUGGAGAAUGCUCUGGUCCCGUAUUCGUCCCUCGUCUUUCACGACAUCACCUUCGUGCGAGUGGACGUUUCGUCUGUCCAUCUCUGGAUCCGGGUCGAGGAAGCGGCGUUUCUCCUUUCGACGGAUGCCAUCGAGGUGAACAGCAAUGAUUGGGCGAGAUCACACUACUCCAAGAGAGCCGACAUCAGCAUACCCAAUAUAGAGCUGUCCUGUGUCAAUGCAGAGUCGGCAGCGAGGCACUACUCGCGAAGGCAGCACCCGGUGGAAACAGCGGCAUAUCUACGGACGGACAUACGCCUGUCCACAAUCGGGAGGAAGUUUCACUUUAGUGAAGAGCGGAAAAUCCAGCAAGACCUGGUUCGCCGUGAGGACCAACGCACCGACAGAACUCCCUUUCUGCUACUCGAUGAAUUCGGCAGCGACUUCGUUCCGGAGGUUGUCGACCCUCCUGCCCAGUGCUCUCCGCCUCCGCCAUAUCCGGCAAUUGAUGCCAUUGAUGAAGACGCUUCAUGCCGUAGCGCACCGAGCUUUCGUCGCUCGCAACACCUGCGACAUCAGAGAUCGUUCCUCUCCCUGUCUAGUUCCGGCAGCAACAGCGUUCGAAGGGCGUCUAGACAUGGCGGUGGGCAGACGCCAGCGAAGCUAAAGGGGCCUCCGUCUAGACAUAGUCUGCGCCCAGCAACGGACAGGCAAAGGAAACCGUCUAGCUCAAGUGGCCAUCACCCUUCAUUUAUCAGCCCGGCGGGUGACAAGGACGUCCACGACCACUCCUCUGUCGCCUUCUCCAGUCAGUACUUCGCGCCCCACUUCCCGCUGGAGGACGUCCAUGCCGACGUUCGCGAUGCCACCUUCGCGGCUGUUCAAGAGGAGCGGGCGGAUUACGAGGAUAUCUUCGAACGAGCGACGGCGGACCUGGAAGACAUCGAUCCGCGAAAUCUUAGCGAGGAACAUGCUCAUUCGAGUGCCCUCGUAGAAUUUCCAAGUGGAAUAACGGCCUUUUUCACCCCGGAGGCGGUACGCCAUGCCACUUCACUGAUGGCGGCAUUGCAGCCUUGUGAGCCAGAGGACAUUCUUGACUCUCUUCAGGUCGACUCCAUCGGCGAAAUCUUCAGCUCUAAGAAGCAAGAACAUAUACGCGGCAAGAUGCAAGACGUUUUGGUCAGGCUGCCCCAUGCCAAUCUGCGCUUUCUAAACACAUCCACGCUGGAUUCGCCAGAUGAGUCGCAGGAAGAGCAAGACCAGUAUGAUAUCCGCCUAUCCAGAGUCGCGCUGGUAACCCGCACUGUCACAGACGGCGACUUGAAGCCGCCGAGGACUUCGUUGCAUUUUCGCCUCAACUCCGCUGAGCUAUCGGCAUCAGAACGGCUAUCCUCUCUCCAGGCUCCUCAAGCAGCAGUCAUGGUCGAGGUUGACACGGUCAUGGUUUCUCUGGGUGCCAAGGAAGUCACUUACUUUGAUGCCGACGUUGGAUCCAUUGUCGGAAGCACGGCGACAGAGAAGAUAGAGUAUCUUGCUUCCCUGAUUCAUCGAACGGGGAGCAUGGCGUCCGAUCUGGAGCGUCUUCUGGCUGAGACGACUUCUCGCCAAGGCAAUCGGGUGAAGUAUCUCGCUCACGGCUUGCUUCAGGAGGGCAGAUCGGUCAAUGAUCCUUCUUUUCUCAUUCGGCCUUCUGCUGUGCUGAGGUCAGCUCAUCGACACAUCCGAACAGUUGAUUCCUGGAAGAUGAUCAUGCGACUCCGUCAAAUUUGGGCAACAGCGGGCGACAAGCUGCGCUCACGACUGUUGCAAAACUGCAAUGACAACCCUCCGCCUUUGCCAGCCAAUGCAGCCGAAUCCGUCAUCUCGGCGUUUCAAAGGUGGCGCAGCUGGGACCUGGAGAAUGUUGCCAGCUCGGUGCUCAUGAGGACAAUGUUUGGCAAGAUGAAGGGCGUCGAAUCCGCGAUCCCAUCACAGGAGUAUCCUCUCUUGGGAGCUUGUCGACUGGCGGAGACGCGCUUCGUGCUGGACCCUGGGCCGAAACAGAAUAGCAUCUCGUUCCUCGACAUCAACGUCCGCAUAGACAAGAAGCCAUCUAAAUCAGCGGACAAUCUCCCAGAGGUGCCAGGCUUCGAUGGCCCACUCAUGGUUGUGGAUGUUUGCUGUGGAGACGCAGCAAUUCAUAUGAACUGGGAACUCUGUGAACUUGCUGACGAUAUUCUGCGGCUUUACAACCGGGCGCAAACACAACAACGAAAGACACCAAGACCAGCGAAGUCGCGUGUGGAAGACGGCGCAAAGCCACCCUCCGCACUGCAAGUGGUCAUCGAGGUGAUUCAAGGAUCGGUCGAUAUCGAAACGGUCAACCUUACGUCAAAGACAUUGAGCAACGGGAUCAAGACGUCUGUACUGAUGUAUAAUACGGAAGACCGAGACAAGCUUGCGAGUGUCAUGGUCAACUGCAAUGCAGUCACGUCAAGACUGCAUAGCCACUCUCAGUUUCUCGGCAUGUAUCAGCUCCGGCAGCCCAGCCUCUUCCUCGCCCACGAAGCGGAGGAUACAGAGGAAGCAACUUUACACGCGAUCAAGGCUACAGCGAGCAAUCAAGGCUUUACUCUUGAGGUCAAGCAAGACCCCACAGUGCUCCUCGAAGUUCUUGACUUGGUGGUCAAAGAUGAAGUUACUCAGCUCUACCGCGUCAAAAAGCAGGUUCCAGUCUCCCCCACGACUGCCGAGCCAGUGAAGAUCACAGACCGGCUGUCGAAAGUCAAGAUCAACGUUGCCAUGUUUCUGGACGGAUACACGAUAACGAUUCCACUUCUGCAGUCCUUAACUUAUAAGAUUACGGGAGUCGUGGCGCGGGCGUCUUGUGCCACAAACUACGGGCAGGACUUGAUCUUCGAUUUUGACAUCAAAGAGAAUUCACACGAGACGCAAAUCAACGUGCAAAACAAGCCACAGAGCAUUUCGCUACUUCAGAUACCUCCAACUAAUGGUCGCAUCACCGGCCGAACGAGCGGAUCGCAACGUUCAGUAACCGUCCUGUCGUCGGUCGAGGUCAUUCAGCUGGAUGCUUCCGCUGUCCACAGCCUUCUCGCAGCUCUCAAUAGGCCGCAGGUAUCCAGUGCAAUUGAGGAAGCCCAAGAACAAAUCGCUGUCAUUCAAGGGCACAUGUCCGACAUUUUUGGCUCGACGCCCCCUCCUACUCCGUCAGACGUCCAAAAGCCUGGCACAACUUUGGCGUACAACGUUCAUCUGACCCUAGCCGGCCUGCGGAUCUUUGCAAAGACGGCAUUGAAGUCGAAAACGGAACCAAUCGCACAGAUCCUCUUCACCUUGGAAAAGGUCUAUCUGCAAGUUUGCAACCAGCAGGAUCCAAAUGGGCCGGCGCUCAAGUACCCGGACCUUCAUGUGAAUCUGCGCCAGAUUGGUCUCGAUGUCCUCAGAGGCAGGCAGGAUGCCAUGAGAUCUUGUGGGAGAGUUGGCGCCAGUGUGACUGUUUCAGCCAGCUCCAGGCGUGGUGAAGAUGGAAGGGAGGACUGGCAUCUCAAUUUUCGCAGCGACGAUUUAGACAUAAGCCUCUCUCCAGAGACGGUGUCCACAGUCAUUGACGUUGUGGGAUACAUGGGCUCGAAAAUCAAGGAUCUCGACACGUCUCGCGAACUGGAGUACCUACGGAAGCUGCGGCAAUCGAAACCCCGCAUCACCAUCAACGAUGAUGAGACUGUGGUCGCCGACGCCGACAUCCUGGACUCGGUCUUGGCGUCCGUGGUAUACCACUUUGAGUUGCGAAACAUUCGGGUAUCCUGGGAUGUUGCAGACGAGUCGCAAGAUCAUGAUACGUCCAAGGAAGACCUGGUCCUCUCCAUCAAGCUCAUUGAGUUUGGUACGAGAACACGGAAGUCUGCACGACUCACCAUUGCCAAUUUUCAGCUUCAAACCGUACCUCCGGGGCAGGACAAGAAUCUGCGAUCUCUCCAUUCGGCGCUGCUCCCUGAAGUCAUCUUCAAUGUGGCAUACCUUUCCACUUCGGAAGCGCGAAGAAUGGCAUUCCAGGCCACAGGGGAGUCUCUAGAUCUGCGGCUCACGUCCGGCUUCAUAGUGCCAGCCGCAAACCUUGUAGAGUCAAUCUCUCUAUCAACGAAGAACGUCCAGAAGGCAUCCGCGCAGUGGGCAACAGCAACUGCAUCGGCAAACAAGAAGCCGGACGAGACCCACACUGUUCAACGACAACGCAGCUUGUUUGGCAAGAAGCGGUUGGAGAGUCUUCUGGUUGACGCUGACUUUGCAGGUGCCGUCGUCUACGUUGCCAGCGGCAGCAGCAGAAGCGGCGGACCGACCGCCAAAUAUGGACAGCCAUCGCUGGCCGGCAAGUACGGGCAAUUCAACGCGGAUGACUCCGGAAGUGGCGCGGUUCUUCGAAGCCCCGGCUUGGCCUGGAAAUGCGAGUACAGAGACAAUGGCAAUGAGGAUCCUUCGCUCUAUGGUGAAGUGAAGAUUGAUGCCUCGAGCAACAUCCUCUACCCUUCCGUGGUGCCCCUUAUACUCGACAUUCUGGCCAGUGUGAAAAAGGUUGUCAGUGACGACUCGCCUCAAGACAAGCAGCAGCAACCAGGCGAACCGCCAAAGCUCAAGGCUGAGAGGUCUGGCGAUGAAGAUAAUAUCCUCACCGCAGACCCGAGCGCCAUGCUGGGUCGACUAAGACUGAAUCUGGGUUUGCGAAUAUGCAGGCAAGAGUUUUCACUCAGCUGCCAGCCCAUCGCUAGAGUAGCCGCCACGACUGGAUUCGACAACGUCUAUUUCACCGUCAACACGGUCACAUCGCAGGAACAGGGCAACUUCUUCGCCAUAUCUGGUGUUCUGACCAAGCCUAUGGCAUCGGUCCAGCACGUGUAUUCCAGAGAAUCGACGGCAAGCUUCGAAGUGGAUGCGGUAACAUUAUCGUUCAUGAACAGCAAGCACGUCAGCGGCACCAGUGGCGUGUCCGCCAUCCUGAAGGUGAGCCCGAUGAAGAUCUCAGUCAAUGCCAAACAAGCCCAGGAUUUCUUGCUCUUCCGGGAGAUCUGGUACCCCCGGGACUUGCGCCGCGCCUCAACCGCGCCAGUAGCCAAACUGCAAACCGAGACUUCGCAGGGCCAUCUCGUCCAGCGAUACCAACAAGUGGCUGCGACAGCCGCAUUUCCCUGGACUGCUACAAUCUCAAUCGAAGCUUUGGAUGUGAGCGUCGACUUGGGCCAAGCCAUCGGAAAGUCCGUCUUUCAAAUCCAUGACUUCUGGGUGUCAUCAAAGAAGACAUCGGACUGGGAGCAGAACCUUUGCCUGGGCUUCAAAAGCAUCGGGGUGGACUGCACGGGUCGACUGAGUGGUUUCGUCGCAUUGCAGCAUUUCAGAAUGCGAAGCUCCAUCCAGUGGCCUAAACGGGAAGAGGCACUCAACGAAACACCCUUGGUCCAGGCAUCGCUGGCAUUCAAUGCUCUGCGCAUCAAAGCUGCAUUUGACUAUCAGGCAUUCUUGGUGGCUGACAUCACGUCGCUAGAGCUUCUCAUGUACAACGUGCGUGAGCGACGGCAGGGUAGGGGAGAUCGCCUCGUGGCCAUUUUCGACGGGGACGCAGUGCAGGUCUUUGGGACAGCCACGUCAGCCGCACAGGGCCUUGCGCUCUGGCAGGCCAUUCAGAAACUGAUACAGGAGAGGAGAGAGAACCUGGAAUCUUCACUGCGAGACAUCGAGAAAUUCAUGAGACGGAAGUCAAGCACGUCGCGGAAUCCGCCUCAAUCGUCGCCGCCAAUCCCCAAGCUCCCAGAGGACGAUACCAUGGCUAAAUCGCCCAUUUCCCUGGACACGGACGUUGUGGUGACGCUCAAGGCGCUGAACCUGGGCGUGUUCCCGAGCACCUUUUCGGAUCACCAGGUGUUUAAAAUGGAGGCAUUCGACGCCUACGCUAGGUUUGCGGCCAGUAUUGAGCAGAGGCGGAUACACAGCAUUCUCCGCAUGACGCUCGGCCAGCUCCGCAUCGGGCUGGCAGGGGUGAGAAAUGUUGAAGCACCAAAGACACUGAGCGAGAUGACGGUGGAAGACGUUGUCUCGAGGGCUACGGGCUCUCGGGGUGGCACAAUCCUCAAGGUGCCUCGCGUGGAGGCAGUGAUGGAGACGUGGCAAGCACCCAACAGCAAUCACAUCGAAUACAUCUUCAAGAGCGCGUUUGAAGGCAAGGUCGAGGUCGGCUGGAAUUACUCGCGCGUCAGCUACAUCCGUGGCAUGUGGGCGAACCACUGCAAGUCCCUGGAGCAGACAUGGGGACGGCAACUACCGAUAGCUGCCGUCAAAAUUACGGGGGUACCGGAGACAGAAGGCGAGGGCGACCAGAAGAUCACCGCCGAGGUCAACGUGCCGCAGUCCAAGUAUGACUAUCGGGCGCUGGAACCGCCCAUCAUCGAAACGCCACAGCUCCGGGACAUGGGAGAGGCGACGCCGCCGCUCGAGUGGAUCGGACUGCACCGAGAGAAGCUGCCGAACUUGACUCACCAGAUCGUCAUCGUCUCGCUGCUGGAGUUGGCAGGCGAGGUGGAAGAUGCAUAUUCGCGAAUCCUGGGCUCGUCAUGA